AUGAAUUAUGAUGCUUCCUUAAGCAUCAAACUUCAGUCCAGUAAUGCUACUUCUAUCGGCGGCAUUGUUUAUGUAUCCCUAAGAAUGGACCCACCAUUUAAUAUACAUGACCCCACUGCCGGAAGGAACGGACGGAAUCUCCAGAGCAGAGUGUUCAACCUUCAGACGGACAUAUGGUCGGACCCGAGCACUGAGGCCUUUCUGAGAUACAACUUCUCCGGGGAGAGGCCGCCCUUGGAGGCUCUCUCCGUCUGCUACCGCUUCAGCAUCCAGCAGUACAGAGACGGCGUCUUCUUCCUGUCGUACGCGACGUCGGACGCCCACGAUAACGCCCUUCUGUUCUACCAGAGGGAGGACACGAUGAAUUUCUACUACAACGACGUCGAAGCCUCCGUCAGUAUGAAGCUGUGGGUGGAGGACACACUCGAUGUUUGGCACCACCACUGCCACCUCAUACGAUUCCCCAACUACCGAUUCUAUGUCGACGGUAAGUUGAGAGGUUCCGGAGAAAUGGUCGGAGAAAACGGUGUCUUGCGGAUGAACGGAACUGUCUAUAUAGGUCAGGAGCAGGACAGCUUCGCAGGAGGCCUUGAUCGACUGCAGACCACAAGCGCCUACAUCACUCAGAUCAAUGUGUGGGACUACCUCCUUCAAGAACUCCAAAUAACGGAAAUGGCCUCUUGUCGAGCUAAUCACGUGGGCAAUGUCUUGUCAACCGACGAGAGUAAGUUCGAGGUCAUGAACGUCAUAGCUGAAAACAGAUCUGUUGAAUCGUUUUGUACAGAGAGAAGCGAAUUUACACUCAUCCCCGAAAAGUGGCACCUGGGACCUUCCAUCAAAUUCUGCCAGGUCAGCAACUCCGAAAUCUUCGUCCCAGACGACGAGGGCACGAACGAGCGGCUUUUUAUGGAAACGAGGAGGUUUCUAAGCCAGUGUGGUGGUAAGAGUUACCGACUCCUUCGACUAGGAGCCACUGACAGGGACUCCGAGGGGUCCUGGCGAAAAUUUGGCGAGAAAGAAGUGAUUCCCUUCGCGGCAUGGGCGACUGGCGAGCCAAACGACGGCCUGAAGUCAGACUGCAUCGUCAUGAAGAAGUCGCUGAGCAAGUGGGGAGACGUCGACUGCAAAGACGAGUAUUGUUUCUCGUGCUUAAAAAUCAAGAGCAAGUACCUGCAAAUCCGGGGACUGUGCUACCAGAAGGAACAUCAGUCGAGAUUUAUCCUAGACGGAUACGUCAAUGAUAAACCGUUCUUCAGGGGAUACUACGGCUAUGCCGUCUUCCUUUCCGAGAAUGGACAGUGGAUUCUAAAGGAUAUCCAUGGAAACGUGACCAUGGCUGUCAUGGAGAGAAGAAAAAUCCCUACGACCGAUUACCCACUGGGGCGCCACAAGUGGACGGUAGUAACCGCCUUUUGUCAAAAUCUGGAAAACGACGGCGUAGAAAUCAGCUUAUCUCCUUGCACGACGGAAGAGUUCACCUGCUCUGACGGCUCUUGCGUUCCAGCCACCGCUAGAUGCAACCUCUUGAGCGACUGCCUGGACGGGAGUGACGAAGACCGCUGCAACCUCCUGGAAUUCCACGAGGGUUAUCACGGGCAUCGACCCCCUCCCGGAAUCACCCCGAAAGAUCCUCUGGAAAUCAACCCCACCAUCAACAUCGUUAGGUUCUCCAAUAUCGAUGACAUCAGCUUAGCCAUCAAUAUGGAACUGGAGGUUAUUCUGCGCUGGACGGACCGCAACCUCGGGUACAAGAACUUGAAAAGGCAGACCGAAAACAAACUGUCCUCAGAAGAAGAAGGCAAAGUGUGGAUCCCAGAAUACGAGUUUUUGAAUGUGAAUGAUGGACGCUUGCAGGUUCUCAAGAGGACGGUUUUUGUGAACAGAACGGGCCACCCCGACCCUCCGCACUUCAAUGACGUCGAGAUGGACACGAUCUUCCCAUCCACCAGCGGAGAGAUGGCUCAGCGCAUUCUCUACUCUGCCUCUUUCAAUUGCAACUUCCGCCUAUUCUAUUAUCCAUUCGACGUGCAGACGUGCAGCGUACUUCUGAAGCUCACUUCGGCCACCUCAGCUGUUAUUACCUUCAAGAACGCCAGCGUAGAGUACCAGGGACUAAAAAACCUUCCUAAAUAUGCUGUGAGGGAAAUUUCAGCCUCACUUUUGAACAUUAACAGCAACGAUGCGCUCGAGGUCACGUUUCAACUGGAACGUCGAUAUUCUCUGCUCGUGUUGACCAUCUUCAUACCCACUGGUCUUCUCCUGGUCAUAGGGUACACCACGUUGUUCGUCAAACUGCAGUUGCUUCAGGUCCGCGCCAUCAUGACGCUGACGACCUUGCUCGUUCUGUACACCCUUUUCAACCAAGUCUCAAGCAACCUUCCGGACACGGCCUACAUCAAGAUGGUCGACGUGUGGUUCUUCUUCUGCAUCUUCCUGAUCUUCUCCGUCAUCGUCCUUCACAUCGUGGUGGAGAACCUCGAUCCUGGCGUGCCCAAGGGGCAGCAGAGCCAAGUCAUCAAGGUCGCCCCAAGCGCCGGCCUCCGUCCCAGAUCCAACCCGGUUGCAACGACUAUAGAUUCGUUGGCGUCUAGCCCGUGCUGCUGCCUGCUGACAGCGAAUGGCCUCCUCCGCUUCGUCAGGAUUUACUUGUAUCCGCUCGUGCUGCUGACGUUCAACCUCGUCUUCUGGAUCAUGAUACUGAGUAAAUGAAAAGGCCUAAAAGCAAAAGGACGCCACCCUUCUUAGCAAUGGAUUCCAUUGCUGCUUCUCCUACUUCAUUCUUGUUGGUUCCU